AUGGUACAAGUUACAGGAGAAAGCCUUCAGACGGAGCUGGAGAUGUUUGACAUACCCUGUCAAGAUGACUCCGUCCUCGAUAAGUGUAAGUGUCUCUGAGUCACAUACUUUGUUGAUGUUUUCGGACAUUUUUGUGAGCUCUAAACUCCUCAAAUGUACACCAAUGUUGUCACUUUUACUUACACCUAAAAUUGAGGUUUUGCAGCACUAAGGCGCAUCUGUUUACUGUUUUUGAGAUGUGAUAAAUUUGAUAUUUUUCACCUGUUAUUCCCUUAUUCCUGUUGUGUCUCUCAGUGGUGGAACUGUGCAUCUGUAACAGGAUACAGGCGGAUGAAAUGGUCCUGGAGUGGGUGGCCUACAGCACCACCAAAAAUGGACUCAAGCUCACCCUAGACACCCUCGAGCAAUUCGAUCAUGAGGUAACCUGAAAAUGCCAUACUUCCUGUUCAUAUAUACAAAUUCAUCAUGUUAUUUUAAACAAAUAAUAUGACUAUAAGUGUCUUCACUUUCUUUGCAGGUGAUAAACAAGAAAGGUAAAUCUAAACCAAGCUCCAGAAAAGAAGACAGUCACAACAGAACCAGGGACAUCAAUUCACUGCAGGACUUGUAUCCUUCAUGGAGAUUUCUCACACAUGACAUCUAUCAUUAGGAUUUAGUAAUGUCUUUUUUGUGACAGUCCCUGACACGGUUUAUCCAGAAUCAAAGCUGAAGAAGAGGAGGAGAAUCUACUGGACGCCUACUGUACUCCUGCUAAGGUAUGCAGCCCCUCUUUACUACAGACGGUUUCUGUUGAGACUAACAGUUUUAAGCUAAAUGAAGGAGAUGCUGGUCCAGUUGUAAAUAUAACUGUGUGUUUUUUAGGGCUCACAGAAGCGGGCACUGACCACCCCUGAACACCCACAAUCCAAAAGAACAGCAGCUCUGAUUGCCAGCCCGGGCCUGCUGCUGUCUCCUGCCAGCUUUUCUCCCAGGUAGUCUCUAAGAGCACAGACAGCCAGUCAGCACACUGCUGGACAAAGAGCUGGUGCUCACAAACAUGGGAUCUUUUCUUACUUUUAGUGAUGGGCAUGGCAGUUCUUUUAGAUGUACUGAAUCACUAGAAUCAGUUCGUUCAAAAGAUUCGUUCGAAAGAUUCAUUCACCAAAUCACCAAAUCAUGUAGCGUUUGGUGGGAGAAGCUUGCGACUCUGACCUCCUGAACUGAUACACAGCUGAACAGUUCAGGAUUCAGUUCAGAUCAUAGCUUCUGGGACCCGUAGACGAUAGACACUUUCUCACAUCCUCCAAGUGGUUAACAUCUGCUUGCUUUUCCCAGCCAUGUUUUCUUUGAUAACGCAAGGAGCAAUGCUUUGAUCCGACUCAUCCUUUUUUCUAAUAUCUCUUUGUGACAGUGCAACACCGUCACAGAAGUACAGCCAGCGUGGAGCCAAAGGAGAGGUGGUUGUGUCAUUCGGGGCUGUGCAGGGAACCCGUUGGACUGGAAGGAAAGCCCCAGGAGCAGGUGUCCAGCUGGAGCUGCUCGAAGGGCCUGAAGAAUCUCUCCGCUGCAGCUACAAGUACAUGUUUCAGAGGCAGCGGGAUGUACGAAAUGGUAAGAGAAUCUGACUGUUAAUCGCUCCAACUACACCUCAUCAAACGCACACUUACGGAGUGGAGAAUCUUUUUGUUUUUUGUUUUUCUCAGUGUUGACAGAAAAAAUUGAGGAGCUCGGUGAGAGCCUAAAGUCUCACUUCAACAUUGAAGAGUUUUCCCCCGUCUCUCUGCCAGCCCAGGUACACAGGUUUUAUGGAAACAAAACAGAUAUUCCUGUUUUUUCAUUAUGAGGUUUUAGCAUAACAGAGCAAAGAAUGAAAGAGAGCGAAAUGUUACCAAAUUUUAACCAGUGUCUGUGUAUGUAUGUUUGUAACUUUGUUUGAAUGUGCUGCGAAUGUCUCAGUCAGGACAUUCUUGUAAAAGAGAUUUUUCAUCCCAAUGAGGCUUUCCUGGUGAAAUAAAAUAAAUAACAUCUCAGGCAGCAAGAAUGAGGACCACAAAGUGAAAAAACUGAAUUUAUUUUGUUAUAAUUUUGGAUUUGAGUCACAAAAGCUUAAAAACUAACUUGUUUUUUACCCAAACUGACAGUUUACAGUUUUACUUACUGACAAUUGUGACAGCUUGUCAAGGCUAAACUAAGUAUUAAAUCAAAGUGCAGGAAAAGUUGUGAAUGUGAAUUUUCCAAUUAAAAAAUAUUAGUACUAUGAUUUGGUCUCCGAAUAGGCCCUACAUGGUUAAUGAUCCUUAUAUGACUCCUCCUCUGUUAUUUUUGCCAGUCUGGCCUGCAUGGUUUAAUAUGGUGUUUGCAUAAUCAAACAUUGUGCGACUAAUCAGCAUUAUUUGAACAUCUUUCUCUGUAGGACAGUAUAACAGUGUUGGGUCAGAUUUGCUGCGACAGUAACGGCAAAUUGAACGCACAGUCGGUGCUGCUGGAAGCAGGACCAGAGCAAGGUGGUCAACAAGUACCUGUUGAUCUAUCAGAACUCAAAGAGUUCUCCCUCUUUCCUGGUCAGGUGAGCAGAAGGAUUGGUGUUGUCUUCAAGAAAAUCUGUGUCUGUCAACUUAAAAGUCACCUCUUGGUCAAUUUUCAGCUACUUUCUGCUAUAUGGUCUACUGUUGUAAACAACCAGUGAAGAUUGUGAGGUGGUUUCUCCUUUUCCUAUGCACUGAGAUGUGUGCAGCAGGAUACAGAGCCACCAAAAGCGAUAGAGCAUGCCAAGGACCUGGGCGGAAGUCUCACCCAGUGUCUGACCGAGAACUCUGACAGCCGUUCAUCAAUUUUAAAUUAUGUAAAUAUUGUUAAACUUUUUCCCCUCUUUUCAUGUUCUCCUCUUCCUCCAUUCUGUCAGGUGGUGGCGAUGGAGGGAAUGAACACAACAGGAAGAAAACUGAUGGCCUCUAAACUGUAUGAGGUCAGCCACAAGCAACAUGUACUCAGUGUUGGUCAAAAAUCAGAUCAAGUAUUCAAGACACUGUGUAUUCAAUUAUGUUGUCCUCUGUUAGGGGAGUCCACUUCCAUUCUAUACCUCUGAGGUGAAAAUGGAGACAAGUGAUGGUAAGGUAUUUUUACUGUCUCAGAGCAUCCUUUAUGUGUAGUGAUUUAAAUAAAUCAUUGUUAAACAUGAAGCUUUCAACAGCUUUAGCAGCAGUGCUGGUGUAGGUACCAGGUGUGCUAUACGAUUGGCUGGAAGUUGGUUCGGAUAAGGAGAAGAUUGUGGUAACAGAAAUGGUUUUCAUGGGAUUAUAGUUCUUCAGAGAAAACAUGGACAAAUUUUAUGAAGCAAUCUAUCGCUACUUAUCAAAGAGGACUGAAGACAGCCGGACUACCGCCUCUUUUAGGUUGCCAAAGGAAAUGUGGAAUAAAAACUAAACUAUCUAUUGAUAAACGGAGAUCUUGCAUACAUUUGUUUUCUUUUUCCUUAGAAAAGUUAACGUAUACAAUUAAAGCCAUCUAAAAAUUAGAAUACAGUAAGUCGUAGUUCUCUUUAUUAAAUGGAGAGAAAGUUUCAAAGUCAAUUGAUUGAACGAACGGAAAUAAAGAAAACCGCGAGGAGCUUUUAACCGAGCACAUUUGACUCAUUAACUGCAGUGCAAUGUAGUUUGUCUGUUAGGACUUGCCUUAAUGUGACGUCUUCAGGGCCCUGAGCUGAUCUGGCAGCCUGAACACAUCUGGUACCUACACUGGUGCUGUCUGCUUUUAUCAGAUGUACUCUCAGGUCAUUGUAUAUUUUUUUAGUAAAUGCAAAUUCAUCAAUCAUCACCUCAUUUGGUUGCAGAGCCAUUGAACAUACUGGUUGCGUGUGGACCGUACACUCCCUCUGACAGCUUGACUUUUGACCCUCUGCUGGACCUAAUCAAUGUCAUUGCCAGGGAUCGUCCAGAUGUCUGCCUGCUGGUAAAGUUUAUUUUGUAUUCAUUAUUUUGUUGAUUUAUUUUUGUAGAUAAACUGCAGGAGUUUAUCUUUUGACUUUUUGUCUGUCGGCUCACAGAAUUGCUGUUGACAUUUCUGGUUGCGUACGAAUUUUGUAAUUAAACUUUCUCUUCUCCAGCUCGGCCCGUUUGUGGAUUCCAAACAUGAACAGAUUGAGGUCAGUUUAGCAGCUAGCAUGUUUAGUUUGUUGAAUCGUUCUCGUCUAAAUUUCAUGCAUGGCAAUGUUAACUUCUUUAGUUCAACAAGUUAACAGCAUUAUUCUGGUUCUGCACUUUCUUUGUCUGUUUCUCAAAUAGAAAGGCCAGGUGACAGAGACCUUCGAGGCCAUUUUCUCAAGAUGUAUUGAAAGCAUUGUGGAUGGCACCAAAAGGUAGAUCUCAGGUUACCCCUGUCUGUUGAUACAUUAUUAAAGCAGCUGUACAGACUAGCCGUGACUACGCUAACUUCAGACACACCCUAACUACAAACUUUUACCAUCUUAAGACUUCCUCUUUUUUGUGUUUUCAGCAUUGGCUGUCACCUGGUGUUUGUGCCCUCCCAGAGAGACAUCCAUCAUCAUUUCAUCUACCCACAGCCUCCCUUUACCCUGUCAAACCUCAGCAAAGACCAAGUCCAGGUUCUGAUUCGCACAGAUCUAAACUUUGUAUCUUAUACAGCACGUAAACAUAAUAACCUGAAAAACUGUCUUCACUUUAGUCUAAUGGUAACUGAAGAUUUAACGACGUCGUGUUAGGGUCCCACUUCUGGUUUUUAAAUUUGUGUUGUGUGUCUUGACUUUUCAAAUUCAAGCAGAGAAGAAGUUGUCAUGGUUAAGAUAUCGAUAAAAUUCAACUGUUACACAUCAUGUUAUUUCACACAGUGUGUUUCUUUGCUCUAUCUCUAGCGUGUCACACUGGUCCCUGACCCCUGCACCCUGCUGAUUGAUGGUGUGACCUUUGGCUUGACAUCCACAGACAUCCUGUUCCACAUGGGUGCAGAAGAGAUCAGCAGGUGAGGAGGACUGUUAGGAGAAAUCGACACUUUUUAUUAUGACACACAUCCAACAACAGAGCUAACUCACUAAAUUGGUUUUAUUUGUAAUUAAAGUUAAACUCCAUGACUCUAAGGCACAACAAAGAGUUGCAUUAUCUGUCAUGAUGCUAUUACUUCAUGUCUAAAUUCUCGAAUUUGUCGUGCUGCAGCGGCACUGGAUCGGACAGAUUUUCACGGAUACUGAAACACAUUCUAACUCAGAGGAGGUAAGAGUCCCUGAAGAGUUCAUAUGUUUAUAUUUGAGCGUCAGCAAAAAUGAAUGAAUCCUAUGUUUUUGAUUUAACUCAACAGUUACUACCCGCUGUACCCGCCUGCAGAGGAGGUUAACAUGGAUUACGAGAAGUUUCAGAGCUUUGGUCAAAUGCCAUUAACCCCCGAUGUUCUCAUCAUUCCCUCUGAGUUGCGCUACUUUGUAAAGGUAAACACUUUCUGUUUCUGUCAACAGAGAUUCAAAAGAUUCAAAGUUGGUUAAGGGAGAGUGCAAAAAAGAAGUCUUAACACGUUGACCUGCACUGAAAACACUAAAACAUAAUUUUACUGGAUGCUAAAUUUCAGAUUGGUGUUGUCUUUUUGCUAAAAUGUUUUAUGUAAACGUCAUCUCCGCCUCUGCUCAGGAGGUGGUCGGCUGUGUGUGUGUGAAUCCUGGGCGGCUGACCAAAGGCCAGGUGGGUGGGACUUACAGCAGACUUCUCAUUCAACGCAGUGACACCUCAGAUGACGAGAAGAGAGUGAGCCCCUGCCUGACUGCUCAGGUGGUGAAAAUCUAA